AUGGGAUUGGACUCCAUCGACGAGUCGAAGGUGACAGUCUACGGCGCUUGCUUCUGCUGCUUUAACGGCCUGAACUUGGAAAACGUCGAGAUCGGGUGUGCUGCCAAGGAGACGCUUCUUUGCCUGGAGUGGGACUUCUGCCUCAAGUCCGGCACAGAGAAGCUUCGCUGCUUCUGCUUGGACAUUCGCAUCGUGCCCGUCACCGUCUGCAUCAAGCAGCAGGGCCAAAUGUGCUGCCUGGUCUCUGCUGCCGCCAUUCCACCCGAUGCCGAGGUGCCCAUGAUGCUGUCAGUCUGCUUCCUGGUCUGCUUCCCCAAGGUGACUGUGUACGGCGCUUGCUUCUGCUGCUUUAACGGCCUGAACUUGGAAAACGUCGAGAUCGGGUGUGCUGCCAAGGAGACGCUUCUCUGCCUGGAGUGGGACUUCUGCCUCAAGUCCGGCACAGAGAAGCUUCGCUGCUUCUGCUUGGACAUUCGCAUCGUGCCCGUCACCGUCUGCAUCAAGCAGCAGGGCCAAAUGUGCUGCCUGGUCUCUGCUGCCGCCAUUCCACCCGAUGCCGAGGUGCCCAUGAUGCUGUCAGUCUGCUUCCUGGUCUGCUUCCCCAAGUUCGGCUUCUUCAAGAAGAUCUCUGAGAUCAAGGGAUAA